AUGGAGAUGGACAUCCCAUCUUCGUUGACCUUUCAUCACUUCUUUGAAUUUUUACCCUAUAUUAUUUUCCUUCCCUCGAAAAGAAGCACAUACGACCAUAGGGUGUGGAAAACAGGGCUUCCCGUCCGCUCAGCCCUAAAAUAUAUUCCCCGAACGGAAUAUCCCGAAAGCACUCUAGGAGCGUCUCAUAAGAAGGAAAAAAAGGGCAAUACUAUAUACUACCCUAAGCUAGCGCCUACUACGCUAGAAAAAUAUAACCGUAUAAGGAUUUCCCGUAACGAGUCUAUAUACCCGAAUUUUCCUAACCUACCUAUUCCGACUCCUGAACUUUUGAAACUUUUCGUAGAGUUUUAUAUUAAAUCGACCGAACUUAUAGUAGACUAUAAGCUCUGUAUAAAGCCUAGAGAGCGGUUCCUAGUUAAUAGAAAGGAUAUAGCUUACCUACUUCGACACCUAUUUGUGGAUAACUAUCACAAUUAUAUAUAUAAGAGAGUAAUCGUCUAUAGGGUAGCGGAUAGUGCCUUUAAAGGGCUUACUACUAUAACCGAGGUUCUUACCGUAAAGCUACCUAACGGAAGAGAGUUAUAG